AGGCGACGCCAUUGAAUGAGUCUACGGUGAAGAGAAAGGAGCUGACGUUGGCGCCGUCGUAUAGUGGCGGAGGCGCGAUGAAGCUCGGAGUUUUUGUGUACAGAUUAUACAGAGUGUUAACCUACGGUGUCUCCCCGUUAAUUAACCUACACAUACGGUGGCGCAGACUCCGGGGACUAGAGCCUUGCCGCCGUUGGCCAGAGCGGUUCGGUCAUCCCUCCGCCGUAAGACCGCCGGGUUCACUCGUCUGGUUUCACGCCGUCUCUUUAGGUGAAGGAAUGGCUGCUAUUCCGGUGAUCAGACACUGCAAUGAAAGGAGGCCAGAUUUGACUAUCCUUAUGACGACGACGACAGUAUCUGCUUUUGAAGUAAUAAAGGAUCAACUUCCUGUUGGUGUAUUACAUCAGUUUGCACCACUGGAUACACCGGUGGCUAUCGACAGAUUCCUUGGCCAUUGGAAACCGAAUGCGAUUAUCAUAAUGGAGAAUGAACUCUGGCCUAAUCUCAUCAUGGCUGCUUCAGGACUUCUAAUUCCGUUGGCAAUGUUGAACGCUCGGAUGUCUACUAAAUCCUUUAAACGGUGGUCUAGUCCGCUCUUACUACCGCUGGUAUCGUUGUUGCUAUCCAAAUUCUCAUUGAUAGCACCUCUGAGCACCCUGCAGGGUAUACAUUUCCAGCUGCUGCAUGCGCCACCCUUUGUCAUAAAUUAUUCUGGUGACUUAAAAUACGUUACUGAAUUGCUCAUUCUGUUAAGGCGAUAUAAAGAUCCAUGUGUUGUCUGCUUUUUUCUUCCAGUGGUAAACAAGUUCAAUGCAUCUAGUGGAACAUCUGAAAGUAUAAGAGAUCUAAAAGUAGAACUCUCAGAAAUGAAAGUCUGGAUUGCAUCUUCUUUACAUAGAGGCGAAGAAGAAGUCAUUUUAGGAGUUCACAACAUGCUUCUCGAAUCACAUCCGGACUCUGUUGUCAUAAUUGUGCCUCGACAUCCACAUCAUGGCCAACAGAUUGCUCAUAAACUGCGGAAAGAUGGCCAAAGUGUUGCUCUAAGGUCUCAAAACGAAAAGCUUACAUCAAGGAAGACGAAUAUAUAUGUGGUGGAUACACUAGGUGAACUAAGAGAAUUGUACAGUGUAGCUCCAAUAGCCGUCAUUGGAGGCUCUUUCAUCCCAGGAUUAACUGGUCACAACUUGUCUGAAGCAGCUGCUGCUGGCUGUGCCGUUAUUACAGGUUGUCAUGUUGGGCAUUUCUCUCACAUGGUGAAGGCGAUGCAGCAGUCGAAUCCCUUAUCGGUGACACAGGUCUCGACAAAACUAGAGCUCAAAGAAGCUGUAGACUUGCUCCUGAGUAACCCUGAGAUCUUGGAAACACAGCAGAGAGCUUCUAAAGAAGUUUAUGAAUCUCUAUCAAGCUGCAUUAUCACUAACAUCUGGAAUCUUCUCAAUCUUCAUAUCUUUAGAGGGAAAUGAUAUGUUAGUGUGGCUAGUUAUUUAUCCAAAUAAAUCCAGUUUCAGUUAAUUGUUGUGCUAUACACAAUGCAGUUCAUAAAUAAAAAUUUGUAUAAUGCCAAAUGGAGAAAUAAA